ACUCGCUCUUUUUCUGUCCGGCGCACAAACCCUAGCUAGCUCCACGAGAUCUGCCGCCCCAGAGACUCGAGCAACAGUCAUGGAGACUGCGAGCACUGUGAAAGACGUUUCGCCUCAUGAGUUUGUCAAGGCUUAUGCCGCUCACCUCAAGCGCUCCGGAAAGAUGGAGCUUCCUCAUUGGACUGAUAUAGUGAAGACUGGCACAUUCAAGGAGCUUGCGCCUUAUGAUCCUGAUUGGUACUACAUCAGGGCCGCUUCUAUGGCAAGGAAAAUUUACUUGAGGGGUGGUAUUGGUGUUGGUGGUUUCCAGAGGAUCUAUGGUGGUAGCAAGAGAAAUGGCAGUCGUCCACCCCAUUUCUGCAAGAGCAGUGGCUCGAUUGCUCGUCACAUACUUCAACAGCUGCAGAAUAUGAAUAUCAUUGACUUUGACCCAAAGGGUGGGAGAAAAAUCACAUCCAGUGGCCGGCGAGAUCUUGAUCAAGUUGCUGGAAGGAUUGUGGUUGCUCGUUGAGACCGGUGGUAGCAAGCAGGCAGUGCUAUGCAUACAUCAAAUACUAGAUUUAUGAUUUUUGUGUGUUUGGAACAUGAAAGAUUUGUAGCUCUAUUAAUUUCUUUUGGAACAUGAAAGAUUUGUAGCUCUAUUAAUUUCUGUUUGUGUUUGUUUGCAUGUACUUUGGGAAUUGCUGAGGCUUUCUUGAUUUAAGAUGCGAAUUGUAAGUGUUGGUAUUUUAUGUUGGUUA